AGCAAGCCAGUCUUUCCUUCAGCUUGAUAGAACUCUCAUCGGAUUCGCUUUGCGGGCCGCGAGCAGUUUCAGGAUGGUGAUUCGUGGAACGAAGACGGAAGGCGGAUGGUACGUGAAGGCGAAGCCCAAUGGCGAGCCGUACCCCCUGGACUCGCGUCUGGCGCCCUUGUUUCGUGAGGCGGGCGUCAGCACACUGUCGGGGGCGCUGCAGUACGGCGCCUCCACCCACGGCUCCAAGCCCUGCAUGGCGACGCGGCAGAUCCUGAGGCGCGAGCGCGAGGAGUCCAACGGCAAGAUGUUCGAGAAGUUGCAGCUGGGCGAGUAUACGUGGCUCACGUACUCGGAGGUGCAGGAGAAGGCGGUGAGCGUGGGCCUCGGCGUGCGACAGCGGGGCCUCAAGCCCCUAGACCGCGUGGUGAUCUUCGCCGAGACUCGAGCCGAGUGGCUCAUGUCCGCCAUGGGCUGUCUGCAGCACCGCAUCUCCGUCGUGACUCUGUACACCACCCUGACGGACGACGGCGUGGCCCACGGCAUCAACGAGACGGGCGUGCCCUUCGUCUUCACCUCAUACGACCUCCUGCCCAGGGUGACACGGCUUCUCUCGAAGUGCCCGAAGGUGAAGACCGUCGUGGUGAUGGAGGACCAGAUCGACGGCCUCGGAGACACGAGCAAAUUUCCUGCCAACGUCAGCCUGGUGCCCUUCAAGGAGCUGGUCACGAGGGACGCCAGCUGGAGCCACAUCGACACCCCGACGCCCCAGGCGGAUGACACCGCCAUCAUCAUGUACACGAGUGGGUCCACGGGCACCCCGAAGGGCGUGGAGCUCUCCCACACCAACAUCCUGACGAGUGUGAUCGCCUAUUCCGUCCAGAUGAACGUGGGCCCCGGGGACCGGUUCCUGGCGUUCCUGCCUCUCGCCCACAUCAUGGAGCUGGCCUCCGAGAUCGCCCUCAUCUCCCUGGGCGCCACCAUCCAAUACUCGUCGCCGCUGACGCUUACCAGCACCAGCCCGAAGGUCAUGAAGGGCACCGAUGGGGACGCCAAGGUCGCCAAGCCCACGGUCAUGAACGCGGUGCCGCUCGUGCUGGACCGCAUCAAAGGCGUCUCGCAGAAGGUGGAGCAGCAGGGCUGGAUCAAGAGCUUCAUCUUCAACGAGGCCGUGAGGUACAAAUUCUGGCUGGAGUACAUCCCCUUCACCUCCUACUUCAUGGACUACUUCAUCUUCAGACGAGUUCAGGAGGAGCUGGGCGGGGAGCUCAAGCGCCUGGUGGUCGGCGGCGCGCCUCUGUCGCCGCAGACGCACGACACCAUGCGGGCCAUCUUCGGCGUGUCCAUCCAGGUCGGCUACGGCUCCACGGAGUCGGCCUCGUGCAUCACGGGCAUGGACGAGGACGACGUGAACACGGGCCACUGCGGCGGCCCCAACCUCGGCGUGCUCAUGAAGCUGGUCGACUGGGAGGACGGCAACUACAAGGUCAGCGACAAGCCGUACCCUCGCGGCGAGAUCGUGGUGGGCGGCCCCGUCGUGGCCAAGGGCUACUUCAACCUUCCGGAGGAGAACAAGGCGGCCUUCUACCAGGAGAACGGCAUCAACUGGUUCCGCACGGGGGACAUCGGCGAGAUCAACGCCCUGGGCGCUCUCAAGAUCAUCGACCGCAAGAAGGACCUGGUGAAGCUCAAGCACGGCGAAUACGUGUCCUUAGGGAACGCGGAGUCCAAGCUGAAGACCCUGUCCAACGUUGAGAACAUCUGCGUCUUCGCCGACUCCACAAAGGACAAGACCGUGGCGGUGGUGGUGCCCUCCGCGGACCGCCUGCGCAAGGUGGCCGAGAGCGUGGGCAUAGGGGGCGAGGUUUCGAUCGAGGACCUCUGCCACCACGACAAGGUGAAGGAAGCCCUCCUCAAGGAACUCCAGAGCCACGGGAAGAAGUGCGGCCUCACCCGGUGGGAGGUUCCUGCCGCGAUCUACCUCACCCUGGAGCCAUGGACGCCCGACACCGGCCUGGUCACGGCGGCGCUCAAGCUGCGGAGGAAGCAGCUGUGCUUGCACUACGAGAACAGCGUCCAUGAUAUGUACUCGCGGCUGGACUGAGAGGGGCGCCGGGAGGGCGUGCGCUCGUGAGGCUCCCUCGGAGGGCCGGGCGGGAGGCUGCCGGGCGGCGGUGCGUGAGGCGGAGAUUUGUAUAUAAGGAAUGUUUUGUGUAUAUAGAGACAACUUCAAAUUAUGCGCGGCCAUGAUGCCAGAGCAGCGGUUACUCCUGCCUCCAAGGAAAGCCAAAACAGCAUUACUCAAAUACAAACCAAUACUGUGGUUUGAAAAAUCAACCAAUUCCGACAUCCCCAGACGCCCGUGUCGAGCCCAGGACACAGCAACCCGCUCAUGGCCUUGCCGAUUUUAUCCGAAACUCUUGCCUUAAGAAACCGUGUCUCCUUGGUGCAAACCGUGCCGUAACGUGGCGUAGCGUGCUGAAGCGUACGUCACGCCUGAGGGACCUGCUUAUACUCUUGUGUACAUAUUUCACUGCUGUUAAUCCCCAUCAGAUGGUUAAAUAUAAC